AUGAAUAUAGAUAACGAAGCAGGUAUUGAUGAUAUGUCGGUAGAGACUGGUGCCACAGCCAAGGCAUCAGUGUCAUCGAAUGUGUUUGACUUGGAGAACUAUAUCAAUCAGUAUACUGGUUUCACAAAGAUCUACAGACUGCUGUUCAUAAUGGAUACGAGCACAGAGUUGGGUGGCGAGGCACUGGAGCGCGUUACAAAGGAGAUCAAGUGCUCGCCCAACCUCGACCUCUACGCACAGUUGUGCUCGCGCAUACCAAACUCCAAGCCAGACACGGCGUGGGUCGAGUCGACACACAAGAAGAACCAGCAGCAGCUCGAGCGCAUCGAGCAGGAGCUCAACGCCGCCAAGGCCAACAUGAUCAAGGAGUCCAUCCGUGUGGCGCACAACGAGCUAGGCGACUUCUAUCACAACAUCGGUGACUUUACCAACGCGCUCAAGUGCUACGUGCGCACUCGUGACUACUGUGCCACACCCAAGCACAUCCUGGCCAUGUGCUUCAACAUCAUCCGCACGGGCAUCGACAUGAACAACUACAUACACGUCGUCAACUACGUCACCAAGGCCGAGCAAACCCCCGACCUGGACCAGACGUCCAUCGCCAAACUUCGCUCCGCCAUCGGUCUCUCCAACCUCGAGAACAGCAAGUACAUGAUAUCCCCACAAGACAUUGCUGUUUAUGGAGGUCUGUGCGCAUUGGCCACAUUUGAUCGCUCUGAACUCAAGAGAAAGGUCAUUGACAACACAGUCUUUAGGAACUACUUGGAGCUCGUUCCAGAGAUCAGAGAGCUUAUCAACGACUUCUACAACAGCAAAUACAGUUCAUGUCUGAACUACCUCGAGAAGUUAAAGCCAACACUUCAACUGGAUCUUCAUUUGCAUGAUCACAUUGACAAGCUGUACCAGAGGAUCAGAUCAAAGGCUUUGAUCCAGUACUUCUCGCCAUUUUCAUCGGUGGAUCUCAAUGUGAUGGCCACGGCGUUCAAUACAAACGUGGCAUCGUUGGAGAAGGAACUGAGCAAAUUGAUUAUGGACGAUUCGAUCUCUGCCCGUAUCGACUCACACAACAAGCGAUUGUACGCACGCAAGACCGAUCAGCGCAGUGUCACCUUUGAGAAGUCGCUCCAAGUCGGUCGCGACUUCCAGACCACCAGCAACGACACCCUCCUCCGUCUCAACAUGCUCAACAACAACCUCACGUCCAACAGUGGUUUGCAACGUCAACAUCGUGACGACACCAAAAUGAUGAUGUUUGGUGAUCGUCCAUCGAUGAACAUGCCAUCACACUUCUUUGGCGGUGGAUACAACCAU